AUGUCCUCCACCUCGCCGCCCACCUCCUGCACGAGCCGCCGCCGCCGCAACACCUCGUGGCUCGACAGCCCGUACCGCGCCGGAUCGACCUCGGCCGCCUGCACGGAGGCGACCAGGUCGCUGAGGUCCUCGGCUAGCGCCCCCAGCGCCUGCUCCAGGUCGGCGCGGGCGGACGCGAGCUCGGGGGAUGUGAAGCCCCUACCGUACCCAGACUGCUGGGAUGGCCCGGAAGCCUACGUUGAGCAGCUCUUACACUUCGCAUCCACAUCAGACAGCUUCCAGAUACUAUGUGGCGGCGUACACAUCCUGGACUUCUUUACCACUGAGCCGGGUCUUUUUCAAUCCGUGAUACCGAUAGAGUGGCAAUCCUAUGUUUUACAAUGCGAGCCGAUGAAGUUCUUGGACGUCCUGAUGAGAGACACUCUGGACUCGUCCCUAGAUCCUCAACCCCCUGAGAGCUUGGUCAGGUAUAUCAAGGAUAUUAGGAAGUUCUCGUUGGCACGCGAGUUUUCGCCCAAGAAGGAGAAGCUCCCGAAGCUAACACGGAUGGUCUCUGUGGGGAUGAAACCAAAGAAAGUGCAUGAAGUGAGCAACUUUGCAAGUUACGUGGACAUGCUCGCCAACAACAUCUCUGCCCAGUACUGUACACAGAUCACUCAUUUCGUAGAUUUUGGCAGCGGACAGAACUAUCUAGGACGAGCGCUGGCUAGCUCUCCCUAUAACAGGCAGAUCAUCGCCGUGGAGGGUAGGGGGCACAACAUCGUCGGGGCUAAGGAGUUCGACAUGCAUGCUGGGAUCUCAGAGAAGCCUAAAGUCAUGCGGAACAAGAAGCUCUGGCUGCAAAAGCUCGAUAGCAUGCUCCCCGAGAACCAAUUGGACGAGAAGGCCUUGAAGAGGGGUGCUAAUCCGCCGAAGAUCUCGGACGAGUACAUGCCCGACUUUAGACCUUUGAGUGAGUUCGAGGCCACCUACACCCCCGAGGAGGGCAAAGGAUUUAUACGUUAUAUUGAAGGGAGGCUGGAAUCGGGAGACCUGUCCGACGUUAUCGGUCAACUGGAGCAAGACCCCUUGACCGAUGUAAAAAGACAAGACGAUCUAGCCCUCAUAGCCAUUUCCAUCCAUUCCUGCGGCAACCUCUCGCACCACGGCAUCCGGUCCCUAGUUCUGAACCCAGGAGUUCGAGCCAUUGCUAUCGUCGGGUGCUGCUAUAACCUCAUGACGGAGAAACUAGGCCCCCCCACGUACAAGCAUCCGUACAUGAGACCAAGUCUUCAGGCUCUUAAUGGUCGCGUGGUCAGAGAAUCGGCAAGGCGAGACCCGCAAGGCUUCCCGAUGAGUGACUAUCUCUCUAGCUACCGCGAUCACGGCAUCCGACUUAAUAUCACGGCGAGGAUGAUGGCUUGCCAAGCGCCGCAAAACUGGCACUUCUACCGCGCGGUCUUACAAAAGAUGUUCCUCGACAGAGGCGUUAUCGGCAAGGUUCGUCAUGACGGUGGUGGCAAUCAUGCCGGCAACGAACCAUCCCAGACCCCGUUCAACUUUAGCACCAAUCCCGUCAUUAUCGGCUCUCUGCGCAAAUCAUGCUACAAAACAUUCCGGUCAUACGUGAGAGGCGCGAUCGCGAAGCUGACCACCAAUUCCGAGUAUCACGAGUACUGCGGCAUAAUCAAAGAGAAGAUGGCUGACAUCACAGACGGGGAAAUCGCCCGAUACGAGGAAUCGUACGGCCCGCGUAAGAGGGAACUCAGCGCCAUCUGGAGUCUCAUGGCGUUUAGCUCCGUUGUCACCGAGUCCCUGAUACUAGUACAAGACUGUUGGGUAGAGACGGUAUUUGACUACCGCGAAAGUCCUCGAAAUCUAGUGGUCGUCGGCAUUAAACAGCCGGUCUCCUAG